AAACAUAACCUGUUUUUUCUUUCAGAGAGGACACUUACCGGUACGCUGCCAGCUUCGUUGAAAAUGGAGAGAGGAAGAUCCACUGCGCCGAGAAGGAGGGUGCUGCGUCCUCAGAGGUUCCGUGACGAAGAAGAUGUCGGCCAAGUCCACGGUUCCGGUGCGAAGAGGAAGGUAAAUUUCUCCCCUCUAGGUGGACGCUCCAACAGGCGACGCAGGAUGAUGGAGGCCAUCACUGGAGACGACGCCGCCAGCAGCCACGGACCGGAGGAAGAGUUCGGAGGAAGCGGGUCGGAAGAAGAUGGCGGCGGUAUGAAGAUGCAGGCAUCGCGAGACUCGGAUGACGUCAUCGCACCGGAAGGAGAAACCGAGAGGAGGAGGAGAGUUGGAUCCAAUGGAGAAAGGAGAGAGAGCAGAAGGGAGAGGAGGAAGCAGGACCUUCAAGACGGCAGGAAGGAAGGGAGAGGGCUUCAUUCAGUACAGAAGGGCAGUCUUCACAGAACGGCGACAGGACCAAGGUGCCUACACGGAAGACUACUAUGGGUGAGUUGAAUAUUUCUUCUGAUUCAGAAUCUGAUUUUGAGGGGUCAGAUAGUGAGACUGAGGGAGGAAAGAUAUUAUCAUUAAUGAAAAAAUUCUUUAGAGGAAAAGGGAAAGAAAAAGGUUUAGGAAAAACAAAAGAAAGUAGUCAAUCAAUGGUGCUAGUUGGAGCAGCAGAUACUUACGCAUGCGCGUUGACAGAAACAGCAGAUCACUUGCCGAGGAAAACUAGGAAAAAUAUUGAGGCUGGAAAAUUUGUGGAUAUCUAUGAGUUGACUAGGGAAGCUGUUCAGGCAAAGGAGGACGGGGUGAAAACCGAAGAGAAAGGAAAAAAGGGAAAAACAAUUUUCGAUUGGUUGAAGGGAUUCUUGGUUUUUGCAAGCGUAUACUUAGAGAAAAAAACAGAACAAUGUUUGAAUAUUAUAAAGUACAUAGACACAAUAGUCGAUACAUAUUUGUUUUAUAAAGGCUCUUCAUGGUCGGAUUACGACAGGGCUUUUAGGAAGAAGAUAUUGAGUAGCAAGGUCUUGUCUUUUGGACAAAAGGAUAUAGAUUUGUGGACGAGAUUGGUUUCAAAACAUAAUAGUUCAGCUGGCAAUGGCAAUAAAGGGUCAUAUGCUUUUAAGCCCAGAAACAUCUGUUUUGCGUACAACGAGAAAAGGUGUACUAGGGGCUAUGCGUGCAGGUUUAAGCAUUCUUGUUUGGCUUGCGGAUCUUCUCAUGCGGUAUCUGAAUGUAAUAAAAAGAAAGAAGGUCAGAUAAACAGGCAGCCUUUUCGAACAGCUUACCAGAAGAGCGGAAACGCCAAUACAGACAGCCAGGCUAAGUAAAGAGUUGGCAAGUUACCCAGACAAGGAAGCCGCAAAAUUUUUAACAAAAGGUUUUUUGGAAGGUUUUAGGAUCCCAGUUUUACACCCUCCCCCACCCAGCAAAGUUUUUGAAAAUUUGAAAUCAGCUAGUCGACAUACCGAAGUUUUGAAGCACAAAAUUGAAAAAGAAAUAAAAGCAGGGAGAAUGGCAGGACCAUUUGAGGACUUGCCUAUUGAGGGGCUAGUAGUGUCACCUUUAGGUAUAGUCCCAAAAAAGGAGUCAGGAAAAUUUAGAAUGAUACAGCACCUUUCAUAUCCAGAUGGAGAAUCGGUGAAUGAUGCUUUAGACGAAGAACAGUGUAAAGUACAAUAUCAGUCUUUCGAUGAAGCAUUGGAAAUAGUUAGGAGUCAAGGAAAAGGGGCAUUGUUGGCAAAGGUAGACAUCGAAUCUGCAUUUAGGUUGUUACCCUUACAUCCAGAAAGCUUUAGAUUGACAGGUUGUCAUUUUCAGGGAGCAUUUUAUGUCGACCUAUGUCUACCCAUGGGCUGCGCAAUCUCUUGUUCAUUUUUUGAGACUUUCAGCACCUAUUUGCAUUGGCAGUUAUAUAAAAGAUCAGGCAACAAAGCUAUAGCUCACUAUUUAGAUGAUUUCCUGAUCAUAGGCCCCAGACACUCUGCAAUCUAUCAGGACACAUUAGCAAUAUUUCUGCAUAUGUUGAAGGAAUUAGGAGUGCCAGUGGCCGUUGACAAAACAGUAGAACCAACCACAAAAUUGACCUUUUUGGGUAUUGAGAUUGAUACAGGGGCCAAAAUGUGUAGAUUACCAAAAGAAAAGGUAGUAAAAACUAGGCAAGCAGUUAGGAGAUUGGAAGCAGCGAAUAAAGUAUCACUGAGGGAAAUGCAACAAGCCCUAGGUCUAUUGAAUUUCGCAUGCAGGAUAAUACCAAUGGGUCGCAUUUUUAACAGGAGAUUGGAAAAUCCACAUCAGGGGUUAAUAAACCAUUUCAUAAAAUAAGGGUCACAAAGGAAAUGAAAGCAGAUUUGAAAAUAUGGAACUGUUUCUUAUCUAAAUUCAAUGGUGUCAGGUUAUGGUUAGCAGAAACACAAAUUAAUCAAGAGGUAGAGCUUUUUCACAGAUGCAGCCGGAAGCAUUGGCUUUGGAGCUUACUUGGCAGGGAAAUGGUGUGCGGCCAGGUGGCCGCAAGCAUGGCAUGACAAAGGUCUGACAAAGAAUUUGACAUUGUUGGAGUUAUUCCCAAUCUUGGUAGCAUUGGAGCUUUGGGCAGAAGAUUUGAAGGAUAGGGCAAUUAAGUUCUUUUCUGAUAACAUGGGAGUGGUCCACGCAGUGAAUAACCUGUCAUCAGACUCAACCCCAGUAAUUGGACUACUAAGACAUCUGGUUCUGAUUUGUAUGAGGUUUAAUAUAUCGUUCAGAGCCCAACAUGUACCAGGGGUAGAAAACACUAUAGCAGAUGCCUUGUCUAGAGAAAAGUGGGAUAUUUUCUUUAAGUGCGCUCCAUAUGCGGAAAAAUCAGCUUACGCAUGCCCUAAAAAUUUAUGGCAGCUCCUGACCCCCUCUUAGAAGAAUUGUGUGAAAGGGCAGUAUCCGAAAAGACUCUUUCCAGCUACAAAAGGGCCUGGAAGAGAUGGCAGAUAUUCUGCAGAAGCGGUAAGAGCAAUCAAGGCACUAAGGAUUUGGUGUCAUUUUUAAUGGUCCUGUACAGAGAAGGAAAGUCAAGAGCAGGAGCCAGCAACGCAUUAGCCGCAAUUUCUCAUUUUUCCAUAGUAAAGGGUAGAGCAGAUAUCACACAUGAUCCAUUAGUUAGGAAAAUAAUGAAGGGAUGGGCAAGAGUUGAAGGCCCCAGGGUCGAUAAGCGAGAACCCAUAAUUGAAUGCAGACUAAAAAUGAUUCUGAACUCUCUUGAGGAGGUGUGUUCAGACCAAUUUGAAUGUAUUUUGUUUAGAGCAGCCUUCGCUCUGGCUUUCGGAGGAGCAUUUAGGAUAAGCGAAUUGGUCCCCCCAUCCAAGAAGGUAACAGAUAAAGGUUUAAUGUAUAGCCAGGUUUUAUUACAGGACAGGAAGUUGUUAGUUUACAUCAGUAGAUCAAAAACAGAUCAGUUGGGUAAGGGCAGAUGGUUCAGUAUAGAAAAAACUUCGAGAAUAACAUGCCCGGUCAAGGCCUUGCAGGAUUACAUAGGGAUGCGCCCAGCAGGGGGGCACCUUUUGUUAAUUCACAGGGAUUUAUCCCCCAUGUCAGCAUUUCAAUUUAGGCAAGUGCUCAAAAAGGCAGUCAUUGCGAACGGAUGGGAUCCUAAAAAAUUUGGAUCACAUUCAUUCAGGAUAGGGGCAGCAACAGAAGCAGCAAUGAGGGGAGAAACAGAGGAUAGGAUAAAAGGAAUUGGGAGGUGGAAAUCAAAAGCAUACAAAAAAUACAUACGCCCCAUAAAUGUAACACAGUAGUAAUCCUACAAUUUUUAACCUACCCCCCCCCUUUUUUUCUUUGGUUUGUUGCUGCAGGGGGAAAAGCUACCUGCAACAUUUUGAUCAUAGGCCACUCCUUUAUUUUUUGGGCAAGACAGCAUGCAGCAGGCAAGCAGUUGGGGUUACCGGAGGAACACAUGAAGAUUACAUGGCAGGGGUGGAGAGGCAUGAAGUGGGAACAAAUGAGAGGCCGGUUGUAUAGUUCAAUACAGAAGUUCAAGUUCAUAAACCUGGUGAUAGUACAUGCUGGGGGAAAUGACCUUACGUCAAUCAAAACCCCAGCGUUGAUAGAAAGCAUGAGAAAGGACUUGGAGGAUUUAAUGUCCAGCAACAAGAUAGGGGGAGUGGCUUGGUCAGACAUCAUACAGAGAGGAGAAUGGCGAGGAGCAGUUUCCCCCCAGGGCAUUGAAAGAGCCAGGAAAAAAGUAAACCGGGCCAUGCACAAGAUCAUGUGUUCCUCAGGUAACGGGGUAAUUAGACAUGACAAUAUAAGGUACCGACAAACACAGCUUUUUAGAAAGGAUAAAGUACAUUUGACAGAGGAAGGUUUGGAUUUGUUCUGGGCAAACUUCAGGAAUUAUAUAGAAGAAUGGUGGAGGUCGCAGGAGGUCUAGGUGGGCCAUGGAAAAGGAUAGGUGGCACCCUUCCCUUCUUUUCCAUUGGGUGGCAUCAGUGCGGCUCCAGGAAGAUGGAUGGUUUUUUCAGUGAAGUGCAGGCCUACCCUCGGAAAGUCGCGAGUGUGGAGCAGACUUUGACUGCACGGUCUUGUCUGUGUCAUGCGAGAGGCUGGGUUAGCGCCAUUAUUGCACAUGAUAGGGAGCAGGGGGAUGGGCUACUGGUUGGUCAACAGCGGGCGCUCUGCCCCAUGAUCCCUGCUCUCUAAAAUAACUGUUUGGUACGGUGUGGGCACCAGGCCCACGUUCUUGGCGAUUAUAGGAGCCGCAGCUGGUGGUCAGGGUGUACCUAGUCCUUGGCACAUAUAUAUAUAACUUUGUUAAUAAAAUACGUGACCUCCACAGAUUUUGCCACCUUAAGAAGUCUCCGUGUCGUUAUUCAGGAUUUUAUUCAGGUUGGUGGUAAGCACAACGGAAGGGGGUAGGGGGAUCCUUAGCCUAGGAGGAACGAGGCCCACAUAGGGUCGAGAUGAGUUUAGGCUAGGCCCCCUCCCCCGCUAGAUGUGUAUUGUGAGUAUCGGCUGUCAGCCCCCACUCUCUCUCACAGGGAGUUACAACAAUAGGGCCCCCUUUUCGGCGGGAAAAAAGGGGGCGGGCUGAAGGGCGGAGCCAGGGGGCAGGUAAGCCAGGAAGGGGCUUUUAAGGAGGAGCAGGAGGCCAGUAAAACAUAACCUGUUUUUUCUUUCUCCCACCCUCCCAUCCCAGGUAAAGAGCAAGAAGAUACGAAAAGACGGUGCUCCAGGGUUUCUAGCAACCGAUCGCCCUUAUGUGGUCAGGAAGGAAUUUUUCAUCAGGCUGCUAAUUGGCCAAAAAAGCACCUGAGUUUUUUGCCUUCCUCUGGGGCACCAUUAUCUGUGUAGGUCAAUAGGUACCACCCUGACACAGCUGCGUUUUCAGUGACAAGGCAUCAGUGCGGCUCCAGGAAGAUGGAUGGUUUUUUCAGUGAAGUGCAGGCCUACCCUCGGAAAGUCGCGAGUGUGGAGCAGACUUUGACUGCACGGUCUUGUCUGUGUCAUGCGAGAGGCUGGGUUAGCGCCAUUAUUGCACAUGAUAGGGAGCAGGGGGAUGGGCUACUGGUUGGUCAACAGCGGGCGCUCUGCCCCAUGAUCCCUGCUCUCUAAAAUAACUGUUUGGUACGGUGUGGGCACCAGGCCCACGUUCUUGGCGAUUAUAGGAGCCGCAGCUGGUGGUCAGGGUGUACCUAGUCCUUGGCACAUAUAUAUAUAACUUUGUUAAUAAAAUACGUGACCUCCACAGAUUUUGCCACCUUAA